AUGAGACGGCAAGUGGUGUUGUUUAUUUCGAUUCUCUCUCUGGGAUCAGUCUUCGGGCAGGUCAGUUAUUCUAUACCUGAGGAAAUGGCGAAAGGCUCUCUGGUUGGUAAUAUAGCUCAGGAUUUAGGUUUGGACGUUAAACGACUGAGGCUGGGUAACGCUCGUGUGUAUUCCGGUGAUAGCAGAGAAUACAUCGAGCUGAACAACGAAAGAGGAGUCCUCCUUAUUAAAGAGAGAAUAGACAGAGAGGCGUUGUGCGGUGAUACGACACCGUGUGCUGUUCAUUUUCAAAUUGUGUUAGAGAACCCUAUGGAAUUUUACAGCGUAACUGUUGAAAUUACAGAUAUCAACGAUAAUGCGCCAUUUUUCGAAAGGAGCGACAUUAAAUUCAGAAUCAGCGAAUCUGCAGUUGUUGGUGCAAAAUUUGUUUUGGAAAGAGCAGUUGAUUUAGAUGUAGGUGUAAAUAGUCUUCAAAGCUACGUACUCAAGCCAACUGAUAAUUUUUCACUUAAACUGCACAAUCAAGCAGACGGUACAAAGAAUGUUGAGAUGGUUUUACAAAAACCUCUGGACAGAGAGAAAAAUGAGUUUAUUUCUUUGGCGUUGACGGCUGUAGAUGGAGGAGAGCCGCAGAUGUCAGGCACAAUGCAGAUUCUCAUCACAGUGUUAGAUGCCAAUGACAAUGCACCUGUUUUUACGCAGCCGAUAUACAAAGGCACUGUAGCUGAGAAUGCUGCAAAGGGCACGAUAGUAACCACUGUCAGUGCAUCAGAUGCUGAUCAUGGACUAAAUGGUAAAAUAACAUAUUCAAUCACUAAUACUUUAGAUGACGUCAGACAAUUUUUUGAAAUAAAUGAAGACAAUGGUGAGGUUAAAUUAGUCGGACAUUUGGAUUAUGAAAAGAAACGA